AUGGCCCUACAAAUUCAUCCCAUAUUCUCCCUUCUCAUUAUUUUUUCCUUGUGUAAUUUUUCCUCAUGUUAUGGAAGAAACGUGCAUUUUUUCCAUAACAAAAUUCAAGAAUAUAAUAAUCAUUUGUCUUACUUUAAUAAUAUGUUCAAUGUAGAUGAUUUUGGAGCUAAGGGAGAUGGAAGCUCCGAUGAUACUCAGGCAUUUAAAAAAGCUUGGAAAAAAGCUUGCGCAACUUCAGGUGCUGUGUUGUUGGUACCAAGCAACAAAAACUAUCUUCUAAAGCCAAUUACUUUCUCAGGCCCAUGCAAUACUGCUUUAACUAUAGAGAUAUCUGGAAGCAUCUUAGCGUCAGCAGAUCAGUCAGAUUAUCAAAAAAAUACAAGGCGUUGGUUAGUUUUUGACGGAAUUGACAAUUUAUCAGUCCAAGGCAAUGGUGUUAUUGACGGUAAUGGCAAGAUAUGGUGGGAAAACUCAUGUAAAAUCAAUAAAAAGAAGCCCUGCAAACAUGCGCCAACAGCUCUAGAAUUUUCUAGAUGCAAAAAUUUGGUAGUGAAGGAGUUGAAUAUCCAAAAUGCGCAGCAAAUGCAUGUAACAUUUAAUAGUUGCAAUUACGUUAAAGCUUCAAGUCUUAAAGUGGCUGCUCCAGGGAAUAGCCCUAAUACUGAUGGCAUACAUAUAACAAACACCCAAAAUAUUGAUGUUACAAACACUUUUAUCGGAACAGGUGAUGAUUGCAUUUCUAUUGAGGAUGGGUCUCAUUCAGUUCGAGCUACAAACAUUACCUGUGGACCUGGCCAUGGUAUCAGUAUUGGAAGCCUGGGUGACAACAAUUCUGAAGCUCAUGUUUCAGAUAUAAUUGUAGAUGGAGCUACACUUUCUAAUACUACUAAUGGACUAAGAAUUAAGACUUGGCAGGGAGGAUCAGGAGUUGCAAGUAACAUCAUAUUCAGAAACAUAAAGUUGUCCAAUGUAGACAACCCCAUAAUUAUAGACCAAAACUACUGCGACCAAGAUGAACCGUGCAAAAAACAGGAAUCUGCGGUACAAGUGAAAGAUGUGGUGUACGAAAACAUAGCAGGAACGAGUUCAUCAGAAAAGGCAGUUAUAUUUAAUUGCAGUGAAAAAUAUCCAUGUGAAGAUAUUACAAUGGAGAAUAUUAAGAUUAAUAGUUGUGAAGGUGACAAAAUUGCUGAAGCUACGUGUAAUAAUGUACAAUUGAACAAGAUGAUUGAUGUUUCUCCUCAAUGCUCAGCUACUUAUUCAAGAUCAUUAUUUUAG